UAAAAACUAUGUAAACAAAUUUAAAGAUGCGCCAAAUUUCACAAUAAAUUUGUGUACCUAAAUAUUAUUAUCUUUCGCUUUUUUUUUUUUUCAAGUCUGAUAGUCUGAUAAGGAAUCACAAACGUCGUGAUAGAAUUACUGUGUCCGAUAGCUAAUACCCAUGGUGUCCGAGUCAAAUAACCAAUAUGUGGUUCCCGUUUCCCGUAGAUUCCUGUUUAUCAUAAUUUAUAAUGCUGGAAUUUAUUCAAAAAUAUGGAAACAUAAAUUUUACGAUUUUGUAAAAUUAAAAAAUUUAACAGUUGGUUCUUGGGUAACGUUAAUCAAUCAUCAAUGGUGAUUGAUUUUCGUUUGAACAUUAAUGUGAACAAUUUUAAACCAAUGGUGAAUUCUGAACGUGAAUCGUCUCAAUAUUAAAGAUCCCAUCAUCGUGAAAUCAUAAUAUGGCCCACAAUUCAUAUGUAAGUACCUACCUUUAGUUAUGGUAUCGUUAAUCCUUCCAAUCUCUUUAUCUUGUGUGGUUUAUACCCAUUUUUGUAAUCUCAGUUCUUUAUGUUCUAUAUACAUUCUUACGUAAAUUAAACUUUCCCUGAUCUUAUUUUUUAAACAUUUUAAAUACCUAAGCUUUUAAUUUUAUUUUUUUUAUACAUAACGCUCGACAUAUAACAUAACAAUACAAUUUAAAUUAACAGCAAAUAAAAUAAAACAAACCAAAAUUAACACACCUAAGUAUAAUAGAAUGGGAGUUAUUUGCAUCCCUUGUUAUCUGGCCUCAAGUUUCUCUAACCAUUUUACCACCACUGGUCCACAUUCGUGCAGCACAUUUGCCAGGCUUUAAAACUUAUUUAUUCAGCUAACCUCCUGGCUUUUAACUUAAUACUCAGAUUUGUUCAUAGGUAUUCAAUUAAAAAUGAAAUUAUGGAAACUAAAAUACUCAAUAAACAUUAAAAAGAAGAUUAUAUUUUGCACAAAAUGUAAUAUUUUUAGGUUAUCUUUAUACAAAUAGUUUUCAACUAAAAUUUAAUUGAGGUUGGUUCACCAUUUAUGGCUAAUAUCUCUGCUGUAACAACUCAUUUUAAUUUCAUUCAAAAAUAGUGUCAUUUUAUAUUCUAUAUGGUUAUUGUUGUUAUCAUGUACAUUAAUUUACUUACUAGUUGGUAUCGAUUAUUACAAAAACAGGUAGCAUAGGAUGGUUGUUGAGCAGGAAAAUGCAAUUUUAAAAUAUUAAUACUAAUUCUUCAUUCCAUAAUCUUCUUUAGGCUUUAGACCUACCAAUUAUUGACAUUUAUACUCUAUUGUAAAAUAGUGAAAUACUAGAUAGUAUAGUCAAAAACAAAUAAAUAGCUUUGUGUCACCAAUAAUCCAAUUAUCUGCUUGAAAAAUUUCAUAAGUAUAACAAAAUUAGUGAUGACCUUUAAUUAUUUUAAAUAUCAAAAGCCUGAAAUUAAAUAUGAAUAUCUGAAAUAAAUUGUAUGAAUUUUUGUAAAACUGAACAUUUUUGAAUACCUAUAACUUACUUUAGGAAACCGGUAUUAAUUAAAAUCCUGUCAGAGACUUAAGGAAUAUCAGGAGUUCUUUAAACUGGUAGUUUUUUUCCGAAAUUGGGACAAAUAGCAGCUUUACAUUUGCUAAUAGGUACCUAAUGGCUCUUUUAAUGGAGAGUUAAAGGAGAAUGUCUAUUUACAUUACCAUAAAUGAUAAUUUUAGAAUUGGCAACUAUUAUAUAGCUACUUUUCUUACUACGCUAUACAGUGUAAAUUAUAUAUUAACUGAUUAGAAUUUAGAACAUUGGAAAUACAACUAGAUGUCAACUAGGCCAAUACCAAAUAAAACAAUGCAUUUUAAUUGUAUACAUUUUCUUAAAAGCAAUCUCAUAAUAAAAAAUAAGAUAAUAUAUAUAUUUUCUUUAAUUGGUAUACUAUAUCUGCAACAUAGCCAAAUAUCAAUCAAAACUACACCAUAUUCAAGGAAAUUAUUUUAAUUUCUCAAUUAGAGUAAUCAAAUGUGAACAUAGUGAAGGUUACCUUGAUUAUUUUUAUAAAAAGUAUGUAUACUUAUGAAAUAUAUGAUGUAAAAUAAAAUAAUAUACGAAGAAAACAUAGCUUAGAGUAUUAAAUUGUGUACUUAGGACUAAUUUUCAUUUAAAAAUCAUUUUUUUAACUAUUGUUAUAUUAAUAUAUUUAAUAAUACAGUAGUUCACAAACUGUGCAGUCUGGUGCCCUGAGAAAAUAUAAGGAACGCCGCAGAAUACAAAUAAAACAAUUUAUUGGAAUUUUUUAUUUUUUUUUUAUUGAUAUGAAUAAGUCACACCUCUUAAACAUUCAUUAUAUUAAGUUUAAUUUUUCACUUUCAUUACAAUUUUUUAUGUUAGUUUAAUGUUAAUUAGUUUAAUGUUAAUUUUGUAUUUCUGUUCUUUGCGGUUUUCAUAGCAGAGGCGGUUCUGACUGACUGGUUCAAAAAGACAUGUCAGCUAAAAAGUUAGAAAACUAUUAUAAUAAUAUUACUAUUAAUAGUAUUAAUUUAAAUAUGUUAUUUAUUGCAUAAUAUUUGUGAAACAGUACCUAAUUUAUUUUUAUUUUUUUUUAUAGGCUGAUAUUGAAUAUGUACACCAGUUAGUGUACGACUUAAAAAUGAAUGAACUACAAUUAAUUUUAGAUUCCGUUAAACAGAAUAAAUCUGGAAAUAAGCAAGUAUUACGCAAGCGUACAUUAAAUUUAUUGUCUGCUUCUUCUUCAAAAACAAAAAAUUUGAGGCAAAAAAUUAUACAAGUCUAUGGAUCUAGAACUCAACAACCAACUCUGCAUUUCAAUCAACUAUCAUUACAGCAACAUACUUCACGAGUACACCGCCAACCAUCAAUUUAUGAUCAAGGCUCUCCUAGUUUUAAUAAUUGUAUACAAGGUCCUAUAAACAAUAUUCUAUAUAAUAAAACUGUCAAAUUUGAACACUUACCUUUCUAUAAUUCAAUGCAAACAUUAUUGGAGCCUAUGUACUGUCAAACUAAUAUUGAUUCAGCCAACUUUACUGGUCUUUAUUAUUUAACAGAUCAUCUUAGACAUUCUAUUAUGAAGACAUGGAACAUAUCUAAACAAGCAUAUAAAUUACAAAUCAUUUUAAGAUUUGUACAAAUUGAACUCAAGGAAAAUGUUACAGAACGUUUGCCAUACAACAUAACAGUUUCUGUGAACGGUCAGGAAUGUAAAUUACCUGCAUUGAACAUCCCAACAAAAGCUGGUAUUACCCCAUGGCGAAAUAAUGUUCCUAUAGACAUAACUCAGCAAACAGAUUUAAGAAAUUGUUUACAAAAUGAAUUAAAAAUUACAUGGUCACAAGAGCCGUAUGAAUAUAUGGCUAGUGUUUAUGUAGCUGAAAAAUUGACUUCAGACGAACUUCUUAUAAAACUUAAAGAAAAACCAAUACGCAAAUGUGAAAAUACUAAAGAACUAAUAACAAAAUCUAUGGAAAGUGAUAUUGAUAUGGGUAUAGACUCAAUGUUCGCUACACUUCUGGACCCAUUGAGUAAAACAAGAAUGAAACUACCUGCCCGAGGUAUGCAUUGUAUACAUCUUCAAUGUUUUGACGCAAUACAGUUUUUGCAAAUGAACGAACAAAAGCAAACAUGGGCAUGCCCAUUGUGUAAGAAAAAAGUUAAAUUCGAAGACCUCGAAGUUGAUGAAUUUUUUUUACAUAUUCUUCAGAAUCCAAAUUUAAGUAAAACAUGUGAGAAUGUAAUUUUAUUAAAAGACGGAUCAUGGUCUGAGAAAAAAAAUAGAGAGUUCUCAAAUAGUUCUGUAUCAAACACUCCAGCUAAAAAACCAGUUGAAGUUUACACAUUGUCAGAUUCUGAUGAGGAUUCUGAUGGCAAAGACAAGCAUUCUAUAAAACGUAAAAAGUAUAUUCCACCACAAAACAAUCAUCCUUUAAUUAAAGCUGAAUAUGCUCUAGCAGAAACUGAAAAUCGAACAAAAUUAAAUAAUAAAAACUCUUCUGAAAAUGAUCUUGUAUUGGACCUGAGUAUUAAAAAUGGUCCAAUAGCAUCGACAAGUGGACAUAAUUCAUCAAACAUUAAGGUAAAUGGGCAUAGUGUUCCAACAACUGGAUCUUCAUCAAUAUUCAAUGAUUUGUAUCUACCAAGUAUAACAAUUACACAAACUAAUAGCAAUAAUAGUAAAGCCAGUUGUUCUGAAACUAGUAGGAAUAAUAACCCCCAAGAAAAAGAUAAAUCACGAUCUGUGCUAUGUGUUAUAACAUUAGAUUAAUCUAUGUUAUUAUAUCUAAUAAUACUAGUAUAAGGUAUAACAUAAUUUCAAUUUAAUAUAAUUAUUGUACAAAUAUAAAAAUGAAUUAUUACUAUGAACAGCUAAGCAAUUUUUAUACAUUUAAUUAAAAUCCAUGUUUUGUUUAUUUUUUUCAUUAUAUUUCUAUGUUGUAUAAUAUUAUAAUUUAUAACUAAUAGUAUUAUAUGUCUGUUUAUAAUAAAACUAGUUAUUUUACAUCAAAAUUUGAUUAGUUUUCUUUUAAAUCUCUUCUGUGCAAAUAACAUAGUUUUCAAAUUUGACCUUGUAGAAAUAAAAUAAAAAAGGCAGGAUAGUUUGAUACUUAAAUUAAAAUAAACCAUGGACAAAAUAGUUAAAGUCAAAAUAUUUGUACAAAUUUGUAAUUAUUCUAUGCAAUUCUAAUUAAGAAUAAAGUAAAAAAAAAGUAUAGUAAACAUCUAGAUUUUGUUUUUAAAUAUAAUAGGUAUAUAAUAUUAAAUAGGUAAACAUUUAGAUUUUGUUUUUAAAUAUAAUAGGUAUAUAAUAUUAAAUAGGUAAACAUCUAGAUUUUGUUUUUAAAUAUAAUAAUAAAUAGGAAAUAGCAUAUUAAUAUGAUCAAUAUAAAAUAUAUAAGUACAUAAAUAUGCUCAAAAACUACAAAAAAUGUAUAUAUUACAUAAUGUAAACAUAAAGGUUGGUUUUUUCUAAGUUGAAUGACCACAUUAUUUUUCCAUAAUAAUUGGUACUCUUAACUUGACAAUUAUAAUAAACUAUUUAUACCAUUUGAUUUUACUACAUUUUUAUUUUCAGAUUUUCUUUCUUUUAAAGUAUUAUACUAUGUUCACGUUGCAAGCAGAGCAUCUUUAACGUCCUUAUCUGAUAAUAUAAACACUUCAAAUGGAUUAUUAAAAUGUUAGUUAUUUGAUCCAGAAUAAUGUGAUAAUUUGUUAAAUUUUGUUUUGGCCCAUGAGAAAAAUGCUAUUUUACAUAUAAUUUGUAUACUGAAGAAUAUUAAAAAAUAUUCAUCCACUGUUUUCAAAUUUUUUGUUUACAAGCACUUUAUACGUUUUGCAGAAUGCUCAUCUUCAUGAUCGGAAUCCUCGUUGGAAUCCUUGUCGGGAUCCUCGUUGGAAUCCUUGUCGGGAUCCUCGUCAGAAUCUGACAAAGCGAAUACUUCAUCUUGGUUAUUAGUUGGACUACUUGAUACAGAACUAUUUGAGAAUUCACUAUUAUUUUUCUCAGACCAUGAUCCAUCAUUUAAUAAAAUUACAUUCUCACAUGUCUCACCGAGAUCUGGACUCUCAAGAAUGUUUAAAAAAAAUUCAUCGAUUUCAAUAUCUUCAAAUUUAACUUUUUUCUUACACAAUGGGCAUGUCCAUGUUUGCUUGUGUUCAUUCAUUUGUAAAAAUUGUAAAGCGUCAAAACAUUGAAGAUGUAUACAAUGCACACCUCGGGCAGGUAGUUUCAUUCUCAUUUUACUCAAUGGGUCCUGAAGUGUAGCAAACAUAGAGAUUACUUCCAUAUCAAUAUCACUUUCCAUAGAUUUUUUAAUGAGAUCUUUAGUAAUUUUACAUUCCCGUAAAGGUUUUUCUUUGAGUUUUUCAACUAGUUCGUCUGGAGUUACUUUCUCAACUAAAUAAAUACCAAACAAAUACUCAUUUGGAUCUGCGAUAAAUUGCAUUUGUAUAUGAUUCCAUGCAGAAAUAUCAUCUUUUAAAAAUAUUUCACGCGUAAUAUCCAUAUAGAAAUUACAACGACAAGUAGUUUCACAAAAAUUUAAUGGUGCCAGUAACUUGGGUAAUUUAGGUCUUCUAUCAUUAACAAAAAUUGUUAAGUUGUAAGGUACACGGUCUGUUAUGUUACGUUCAAUAGUAUAAUGUUCAUAUUUAAUUUCUUCAAAAAUUAAUAUUACUUGAAUUUUAUAUUUUUGUUUUGCAGCAUCCCAUGAAUUAAUGAUAGAAUUUAAAGCAUUCUCAGAUAAACUAAAUCGACUUGCGAAGGGCGCUAAAUGAUAUAAAACUGGCACAAAGUAAAUAGGGUUCAUUAAAGUUUCCAUUACUUUGAAGAAUGGAAUAGUAUCUUCAAAAGUAGUUUGAAAAGGUAUCAUUAAACCGUCCAUUGUAUAGAUGCUGCAGGUAAAACUUAAAUGUUUUUGAAUUUCUUUAUAAGUGGCUGUAAAAUAUAUUGUUGAAGAUUUUUUUUGUAUCGAGUUGCAUAAUUUUCUGUACCAGAGGUAUUAUAAUUUUAAGGACAGUGAGCUUCUUUACUAAAUAUCCACUUAAUUGUUGUUUGUUAAGAUAUUAUGUUGUUUUGAAUAUCCAAAAUGUCUUUUAUUUUAGGAAUUCUUAAUUCAUACACUACUUUGUGGAUAGAUUUAUAAUCAGUCUAAAAAUAAAUACAAAAAAAAACAUGUAAGUAAAAUAUAUACAGGAUGAUCAGCAUUUUUUCAGAAUUUGUUUUAGAACACUUAUUAAGAAACAAGCAGCUCUAAAAUGUUGCAUAUAAUUUUAUUUAUUAUUGCCCUUAUUUUUAGUUAUUAAACCACUACCUACUGUUGAUAACUUCAAAUAACAACAUGUAUUCAAAAUUCCACAAAUAAAUGAAGUUUUAGAUUUUGGUAAUAACAUU